AUGUCCAAUAAUCCGAACCACGAUGAUUCUUUGGUGUCUUCAUCUGAAGAUGAAGAUAACCAACCGACUCAAUCCAACAUUCGUCUUCCCAACUUAAACUUACAUAAUUAUAGAAAGCAACAUCAAAGACAAUCAUCACGACAAAAUAUAUCAAAAGCAGGUAAGAUGUUAUCUGAUACAGGUAAAUCGAUCUUAACCGGCACAGGUAAAUCAGUAAGGUUUCCUGAUCUGUAUAGUCCUCGAAAUCCUCGAGAAUCAAUGAUAAGUAAUAGAACUUCAAAUGAUUCCAGAGAUGAAGAAAUGGAUGAAAAUGAUCAAUAUGAUGAUGAUAAUAUAGAUCCCAAUGAUAACUUACCAAGUUUCAAGUUUAGAAACUUUCAAGGUAUACCAAAUCCAGAUUCAGACGAUGAAGGUCCUAAUGAUGAUAGAAUAGAAUAUGAAUAUGAUAAUGAAAGUGGAUUACCUCAGAAUUUAAGUGAUUCAUCUGAUGAUGAAGAGGAUAAAGAUAAUAGACAUGGAGAUGCCGUAGAUAUUACUGAUCAAAUAAAUAGGAAAGAUAGUAAACAUAGUAUCACUUCAGUUGAAGUGAAUGAAGAUAAAAAAGCUACUGGAGGUGGUGGAAUCAAAGGAAUAUUACGAAAAAUGUCAUUAAUAGAUAGAUCAACUGAUCCAGAAAUGUCUCCAUCUGAUACAUUUCUUGGACGAGUUUUAAAUGCUUCCAAUAAUGGUUUAAGCGGAGGUGGAUUAACUCCUGGUGCUUCAAAGAUAAGUGAUGAAUAUAAUAAAGAACCUGAUGCUGAACAAAGAAUUGGAUUUGAAGAUCCUAUUGAAUUAAAAAGAAUGGAUUUUGAUUCCUUAAAUGAAGAAGCUCAAAAUUUAAUCUCAGCUCAUGUACCAGAAUAUAGAGAUAGACAUGUAAUAAGAGAAAGUUCUUCAAGUAGCAAUGAUCAAAUAAAUCAUGAAGAUAAGGUGAAUGAAUCGGAACAUCGUCCUCAUCAAGAUUCAUUUUUUACCAGCAAUCUAAAUAACAAUUUAGAAACUUCCUAUUAUGAUCCCAAUGAACCUGAUUUCUUACUUGAUUCCAAUGAUGGUUAUAUUGCACCACCAAAUAAAGUCCAUGCGGGUGUUUUAAGUUCAUUAUUAAAGUUAUAUAAUCAUGAAGACCAAUCUAGAUCCACAUCAAGUUUCGCAACUACAUUCACUGAUGGUGGAACUAUCGCUGAUGAUAGUAUUUAUGGUGAAGGAUUAUCAGAAACCAGAACUCAAUCAACUUUAGACUUUUCAAAGUUAAAACAUGGAUUUAUGUCAGGUCAAAGAAAAGUUACGGAUAAUUUAUUAGGUAAACAUAAACAUUCAAGUUCAACUGAAGAUGAUCAACAACUGUAUGAUGAAAAAUUACCAUCUUUCCAAAAUGCUAAACCAAGACAACCACCUAAAAAGCCUCAAAGAUCAAAGAAGAUUAAAAACAAGAAAAGAGAACAAAAAUUAAAGAUCACGGUUCAUAUUGCCGAUAUUUUACAACGACAAAGAUUCAUCAUGCAAAUGUGUCGAGCAUUAAUGUUAUUUGGAGCUCCAACCCAUAGAUUAGAAGAAUAUAUGUUGAUGACCAGUAGAGUACUUGAAAUCGAUGGUCAAUUCAUGUAUUUCCCUGGAUGUAUGAUAGUUUCAUUUGGGGAUGCUGCUACUAGAACAAGUGAAGUUCAUUUAGUUAGAUGUGUUCAAGGAUUAAAUUUAUCUAAAUUAUCUGAUGCUCAUAAGAUUUAUAAAGGAGUUAUUCAUGAUAUAAUGGGAGUUGAUGUUGCAGCUGCAAAAUUAGAUGCGUUAUUAAAAUCAAAAAAUCUUUAUCCUCCAUAUAUUUGUGUUUUAAUCUUUGGAUUAGGAGCAGCAACAGUGGCACCAUUUGCAUUUGGAGGUGGUUGGAUUGAUGUUCCUAUAUUAUUUGGACUUGGAUGUUGUGUUGGAUUCUUACAAUUUUAUUUAUCAUCCAUGUCGAAUUUAUAUUCAUCAGUAUUUGAAGUUACUGCCUCUAUUGUGGUUUCAUUUAUUGCCAGAGGUAUAGGAUCAAUUAGAGGGGGGAAUUUAUUUUGUUUUGCGGCUAUUGUUCAAGGAAGUUUAGCAUUAAUUUUACCGGGUUAUAUUAUUUUAUGUGGAUCAUUAGAAUUACAAUCAAGAAAUAUUGUAGCUGGAUCAGUUAGAAUGUUUUAUGCGAUUAUUUAUUCAUUAUUUUUAGGGUUUGGUAUUACAUUAGGAGCAGCUUUAUAUGGAUGGGUUGAUAGUAAUGCUACCAGUGCCAAUACAUGUGCUGAGGGUCAUCCUGUAAAUGAUAAAUGGAGAAUUCUAUUUGUACCUGGAUUUUCCUUAAGUUUAGCGUUAAUUAAUCAAGCAAGAUGGCAACAAUUACCAGUCAUGCUUGUAAUCAGUGGUGGAGGUUAUGUAGCCAGUUAUUUUGCCGGUAAACAUUUUGCUAAUGUAACUGAAUUUACUUCAUGUAUUGGUGCUUUUAUAGUUGGAAUUCUUGGAAAUUUAUAUAGUAGAAUUUGGAAAGGUAUGGCGGUUAGUGCCAUGUUACCAGCCAUUUUCGUUCAAGUUCCUUCCGGUAUAGCCAGUAAAGGAUCAUUAAUUGCUGGGGUUGCUACUGCAGAUCAAAUCACCAAGGGAAAUUCUACUAGUUCAACUGCUACUACUAAUGAUUUAGGCUCAUUAGAUUUUGGUGCUACUAUGGUUGAAGUUUCAAUUGGGAUUAGUGUUGGAUUAUUUGCUGCUGCAUUGGUAGUAUAUCCCUUUGGUAAGAAGAGAACUGGGUUAUUUACUUUAUAG